CCCGCCUGCGCAUUAAUUCACAGCAAGGAGUCCUCUAUUAGUUCAUUUGGCUGAUCAUCGAUGCUCCUGGAUCCGUUAUCCAGCAUACUCCCACAAAACCCACAGAUCCUACCUGCACUCUACCGGUUUGGCACUCGGACCCCUCCUGUUGCCCUUCUCUCCAUUCACCCCUGUCACCCUUUAUUGGUGCACUACUUCGUACCCAUCACCUUUUGCACGAUUUUGAUGGUGGUCUGUCAGUGGCAAUUGAGACCAGAUCCACUUCUCAAAGGUCACAAUGCUCAUCUCUGGGAGGAACCAUCGGUGCUGCUGUACCACAAAUCGUAGUACUUCCGUACUCACUCCGUCUUGUAAUUUCGUAGCUCUCCACCCAGCGGGGACUCUCCACCUUCCACCAACCAUCGGUAGAGCCAAUCAGCCGUCCGAACCGAACGGGAUAUUUGACCGAGAACCCUGGUUCACUC